AUGGCCCAAAGAUCUUUUGUCGAACAGGAAAUUAGGAAAAACACCAAGGACACUGGCAACAUGUGGAAAGUAAUUUGCACUUGUAUUCCAAAGAAAUCUACCGGGAAAAAAUGCUUCAGCAGUGACGAUAAAUCUGUGGCGAAUAACUUCAACCAGUUCUUUACAUCAGUUGGUUCAAAUUCUGUCACGAAAAUCAAAUCACUAGCUAAAGAAAACAAUUACACUCCAUCUCAGUUACCAUUUGUCCCGCGAAGUUAUACUGAGUCAGAACAGUUCACCUUCGAACCCGUAGAAUGCUCCCUAGUGGAAUAUAUUGUGACAUCAAUGCCAGAUAACAAAGCUCCAGGAAUCGACAAAAUACCGAUCCGUGUCAUUAAGGACUGUUUACCCGUUAUUUCGCCAUGGAUAACCUCAAUCAUAAACAACUCUCUGGCGAACAAUAUAUUCCCGAAUACUUGGAAAAUCGCGGAAGUAACUCCCAUUCCAAAAGAAGGUGAUCAUGAGUUGGCGAACAAUAACCGACCCAUUUCCCUAUUACCAGUUCUAUCAAAAGUAUGUGAGCGUGUAGCACUCCACCAACUGACGUCUUACCUAACCACCAAUCACCGUGUCUCUGUGCAUCAAAGUGGCAACAAAACCUGGCAUUCAACGGAAACCUCCCUUAUUCAUUCCACCGACUCUAUUCUAAAAGCAAUUGACCAGAAGAAAGUAACAGCAGUUAUUCUUUUGGACAUGAGCAAAGCUUUUGACAGCAUUAACCAUAAUAUACUCUGCUUGCUAAAUUGGAGGACGUUGGUGUCUCAUCUAGAUGCCUGGGUUGGUUUAAAAGUUACCUCAGCGAGAGAUACCAAGCAGUACGUAUCAACUCUGCUCUAUCUGAGAAAUUGCCAGUUGUUAGCGGUGUCCCACAGGGAAGUAUUCUGGGCCCGUUACUUUUCAGUAUUUAUGUGAAUGAUUUGCCGUCAGUCGCCAAAAAUUGUUCAUCAGAAUCGUAUGUUGAUGACACCAAACUCCUUCUGUCCUUCCGAAUCGAUGACUCGAACAUUGCGCUGACUGAUCUAAACGAGGAUUUGAUUAGAAUGCGAAACUGGUGUUUUGAUAACCUGCUCUUGCUGAAUCCAGACAGAACUAAAUUGAUGGUCUACGGAAGCCGCCAAAUGCUCGCGAAGUUACCUGAUUUUAGACUCUCGCUACUUGGUAAGCAACUAACACCUGCUUCAUCAGUGAAAGAUCUCGGAGUUAAGUUUGAUCCAAUCCUCUCCUUCGACAAUCAUAUCCUUUCUACUGUUUCAUCCUGCAAGUCAAGUCUCUGCCAGAUAAAUCGCGCUAAGCAUGUCUUCCAUAAAAACCUUUUAAUAACUGUCAUCAACGCCUUAGUAUUUAGCAAACUCUACUAUUGUUCCUCGCUUUGGUCAAAUACUUCCUGCAGCAACCUAUCCCGACUUCAAGGAGUCCAGAACUUCGCAGCACGAGUAGUGAGCAACAGAAGGAAAUUUGACCACAUCACCCCGAUACUUAAGGAACUGCGCUGGUUUCCCGUGAAGUCACAUCUGUACAGUCGCGAUGCUUUAUUAGCUUUCAAAUGCAUGAAUGAUUGCGCACCUGCCUACUUAUCGUCUCAGUUCAAAACGAGAGGUGAAGUGAGUGGUCGCGAUACUAGAAAUACUAAACAGUUGGACGUUCCGUUAUACAGAUCAACUGCAGGACAAAGAACAUUCCAUUACAGAACUGUCACUCCCUGGAACAACAUUAACCCUGACUUAAAACUUUGCAAAUCUAUUCCAAGCUUUAAAAUUAAACUGAAACGGGAACUGCUUCAGCAAUUUCUAGAUAGUUAGCCUAAGGGCAUGUUUUUCUGUUGUCGUUGUUAUUGUCGUUGAUGUUGUUGUUGUUGUUGUUGUUGUUUUUGCUGUCGUUGUUGAUGACGUUGAUGUACGUUGUAUGCUGCUGUUGUUAAUCUUGUUGUCAAAAUUUUGAUGUUGUGUUUGUGUAUAAAGUAAUUGCGUGAUCUUAUUAUAUAAAUUUAGGAUCUGAUGUAUUAUUAUAGUAAUUAAUUGAUAUGUAUAUAUAUUUUUGUCACUGAAAAGCCCCUUUAGGGGAGUGUCAAUAAAGUCAAUAACAACAAUAACAAUUUCUGCCAAGGAUUUCUGUUCGUUAUUUUUAAUAGUAGGUAUUGGUCAGAAAGGAGAAAGGCACGUUUUACGCAAUAAUUAUUGCACACACCCCGGUAUUUUUUUUCCGAAUUUUUAACAAAUUAAGAAUUUUUAGUGUUCCGGUGUUCCGGAAUGAUGCUGUUCCGGUGUUUCGGUGUUCCUGGUUUUACUAAUAUAGCCCCCUGGACGACACAUCAACUUUCUGGACACGAUUGUCUAGCGCAUAUUUGUCGGGUUGCCUAGCAACGGUCAUGAGUAUAAAGUGCAAAAUUCGGGCUUUCAAAUGAUAGGUGAUGCGAGAAAAUUGAUCAAAAGUUUGCAAAAAUUGAUCAAAAGUUUCACAAGAUAGGACUUUGCAGCAAGUUUUAAGGAUAAAAAAGAAGAUGUUUUUAAAGAGUUUUACAUAUAAAAUAUAUUGUAAAACAUAAGGGAGUGUGCAUAUGUUUCAAGUCAAGUUCUUAUCCAAAUCAAGUCGUGGGAUUUUCAGCCAGAAAAACAGCAAUUUCUUUCAACCUAACAGAAAAGUGAAGUGGGAAAUCACAAGAAACAUGAACAAUAAUGACAGGAAUUUGAAAAGCUUCUAAAAUACACUUUAUUGCUUCAUAUACCCCAUAAAAUUUUUAAAUCAAUAAAGCACAUCAUAAAAUUAAUGUACGCUCAUUUUCUAAGAAGUACUCAUCGAUUACCUGAAGGAAAAGUUUAAAAUAGGUCAGGACAGUAGUUUACAAAAUGCCGUUCUCCUCUGAAAUGGCUUCUUUUGCAGGAAGCCAUUAAAUUUAUGUACUUCCCAAAAUUGUAAUUUAGCCGCUUUUUUGGUCUCAUUGUUCACUUAUUUAUCAUGGAAUUACUUUGCUUGAGCUCUUUUAAUAAUAUCUGCAAGAUACUUUGCUAUUUGGUGAAAUAAAAGCUACAUUUUUAGCAGUUUAUCUUUUGAAAACUGCAUGCGCAACAAAGUGUCACCAAUGUGUAGAUAAGAUGAAAGACUUUAUUUCACUCUUUUAUAGCAAUCUAAAAUACCUAAAUAUAUCAGAUGAUUAAUUUUAUUUGAGCAUACAUAUUAUAUUUUUAUACAAUUGGUCCUUGAAAAGGACUUAUUUCAAGCUAGAGUCAGAUUUGAAACUAGAGUCAGAUUUCAAAAGAAACCGCCUGUCUGACAUUUUACAGCAAUCUACAUUGGCAUGCACAACCGUUUUAGCCACAAAUCCAUUGUUUUCUUAACAGAAACAAAAGGAAUUUCAGUUAAAAUUCUUACCUGAUGAAUAUUCAAAAGUGUUUAUCUCUUUUUGACGACUUUCAGUGCUCUUAAUAGCGAAAUAAAAAGCCUUUUGUUUUGUCACCGCACGCUGCGUUUGAAAAUGCCAGCUGUCAAAGUCAGAAUUGAAAACACCUCAAAUAUUUUAAAAUUUUCUCACCUUUUUCAUCCUUUGUUUAUAUUUUAAUUAGUAAUUUUUGUACUUCGUGUUUUUCCAAACAUAUUUGAGGUAUUUAAAAACUUCAAAGAGGUACAAACAUUGUGUUUUUGGGUUACAGAGUUUUUAGACUUGAACAACAAGUUCUGAAGUUCAAGUUCUCCAUUGUAAACUAGAUGUCCUGAGUGUGCCUGAGCUAUGCCCAAGCAAAUUUUUAUAGCGUUUCAUUAUUUUGUAAUUUAUACCCUACAAGAUGAAAACUAAUUUGAAAAUAAAUGUGUACCAAUCCAGGAAUCAAAAAAUAUUUCUCCAUUUAUGUUGGGUUAUUGAAUUAUUGCCCUUCAGAUGUUGGGUGUCAUGAAGAAACAAAAUGUCAGAGAUUUAAAAUUUACACAAACCAAGAAUUCUCACCCAAAAGUCUAAUGAUAUAUUUAAGUGUGGGAGCUCAUUUAAAAUAGAAUUGAUUAAUCAUUUAUCAUUUUAACCCACUGCCAAAUUUCAAGGUUUUUUUAUAACAUUGAUCUUGAGAUAUGGGUAUCUUUGUAAAAGCAGUUGACAGAAGUUGACAGUAACUAAAAUUCGGCAUUUUCCUUGCAACUUGGGGAGUGCCAAUGUUGCAACAGUCUGCAACUUAAUGAGUUAAAAGUAUUUUCAUGGGGUUUUAUGCGCUAGAAAUAAAGAAUAAUUAUGGAACAAAGCUAAGAUAGGUAACAGGAAAGAAAAUAAAUGGUUAUAUUGAUAAAUACACACAAGAAAGAGCUAAAAAGUUCAGUAAUGGUGCUGCUGCCAUAAUGGCUAUCUUUGUAGUUAUUCAGCUGUCAGGGACAAUCUUGCCACUAUUUGUGUGUCUGGUUGUAACUAUGUGUCGUAAAAAGACUACUAAGCACUACUGUUGAGAAAAUGAGAACAGGAACGGAUGGAUUACAAACUCCAAGGCAUGAAAAUAUUUGGCCUUUAUGCAGCAUCAUCAGAAAUUGAUCAUGAAAUUGCAACAUGAUUCAAGUUGCAGGAUGAUGUCCUAUGGACAUCUAAGGACUAAUGGUUGGGAACCUAGUUGGCGGCUACCAGUUAUGGUGGUAAGCCGGGUUGGUGGGUCACCAAUGUGAGUCACAGAUGUUUGCCUUUAUAUCCGAUUUGGUCAUGAAGUAUUAUUAAUGGAUUUAUAAUAUAUUAUAACAAAGAAAGCAUCAGUUCUCCCUUAUCCAAAUGAAAAAGGCCGGUAAAAGCCAUGAUGAUUGGUAGCUCUUGCAAGAAGCUGGUCUGCUGUUGAAGGUUGCUUGGGAAACGAGGGAUGCAGCAAGACGACUUCAGGGAAGAUGGUUGUCUGCAUUACUGUUGCAGUAACUGGUAGAUGUACAGCAGCUACUAAUCAAGUGUGAAAAUGAUGAAGUUUAAAUGAUGUACUUAAGAUCAGUUUUUCGUGACAACCCUAUAAAUAGUGAGCAAGAGCAAUAACAUACUUCUAUAUAUACACUCUAGUUGCUAUUCAUUUUCCCAUUUUGUUAUAGUUCUAUAUUGUUUCAAGUCUAGUAUAGAUCAUGAUUAUCUAUUGGAACCCUGUAGGGGUGGACUAUUUUGGACCAUUUUGUGUGCUCUACACAGCAGCUUAAUACUUCAAAACAUUUGUUUAUGUUUAACCUUGUUUCUUCUCAAAAUAGCCAAUUUUCACAGUAUUGAAUUUGCGGAAACUCUAAAUCAAAGGGAAUUUGAUGGAUUGCCUUCAUUUUUUUACAGUAUGUGUAUCUUUUGGUCCUUUAUGGGAUAACCAGACAGUUUUUGAAAAUUUGCAAUAUGUAAUUGGUUGCUAUGGAAACAGUGUUUUUUUGUGAUUCGGACAAAAGUAAAAGACAAAAUAAAAAUCUGUCUGCUUAUCCUAUACUACUCAACUUAUCCAGCAACUUGAUAAGGUUUGAACUUGUUACCUAUUUUCCCUUUUAAGAUUUUGCUUCCAGAAACUUAGGUGCAAGACGUAGUUAUUUCCGGUUUCCAUGGAAACCAUCAGGUGCAUGUCAAAUUAAGUAUGCUUAAAUGUUGUAUCAUAGUCAGUUCUAUAUAUGUUCCAAAUUUUGAGAUGAUUGAUUAAAUUGUUUGGAAAUUAGAGCUAAAACAGUGAUUUUGGUAAUUUAGGGUGGACUACCACCAUAAUUACUCCUCCAAACUUUCCUUCUUUUGUACAUUUAAAAAAGAGUACAAAUUGGAAACAUACCUAUCCAUUAUUGAUAACCCAACAAUCAGAGUUGCAAAACCUGUUCAAAUUUCCUCUGGGUAAAAUUUAAAGUUUUCAAACCUUCCUCAAAAUAAAUUGAAUAAAUACUAAAAUAUGGCUUCAUCAAAUAGCAAUAUACUAGAGUAUAUAAGCUUAACUGAUUCUGAAAGCAUAAAGUUUGAAAGAGACAUGUUGUUAAUGCCCAGACUGGAAAGUUUGCAAAUUGCGCACCCGAGAUCAAUAUUUUCCGAAAUUUUGCGCGUCCGAUUUCCGAAAUUGCGCGUUUGAUAUGAAAUUUUGCGCUGUUGCGCUGUUGCGUGUAUAUUUUUUACUUAAUAUAAAAAGCGGUUAACUUUAAGCAGGCUGGGGGUAUUGAGGCAUUCCCAUUUGGCCAUUUCCAGUUUUGAAGUUUUCCUAGCGUUAUGUCAGUCAUUAGCAUUAAACUAAUUAAAGUAUUAAACAAGCAGUCAGGCAGAGAAGUAAGAGAAGCUCGCGAAAUCAUCGAGUCAAACUAUAUUUACUGAUCAAUAUAGACCUAUUACCUAAUACCUAUAGUGUAUUAGACCAUUGACUAUUGCUAGUUUACAAAUAUAAAGUAGUAAAGUACAAACAAUAUUUUAGUAACAUAAAAUGAUUGUUUAUUCGGCUUACCUCUAGACUGAAUCCAUCUGACCAUCUUCUUUUUCUAUUAUCCAUUUAUCCGCUAACAAAUACCAAAUCACCAUGCAUACAUACUGACAUACAGUGAUACAUUACAUACAUACCGUGAGUGAGUGAGUGAGUCAGUGACUGAAUGUUUGUAACCAAUAAUUGUUUCCCAAAAUUCAUCAAUUACAUCAUCAUGAGCGUUGAAAAUUGUUGAUAGAAGAUGCAUGAAAGACAGGCGUCAAAAAAUUAGAUUCAUUGUUGAUAAAAACCAACAGGGAAACUAGUUUAAAGGCGCCUUCCUCGAACAGUCAACAGUGGUGGUAGUUAAAGGAGGCAGGAAGGUCAUUCAGUUAUUAAAUGUCUUUUAGCAGCAACCAGCAAACCAGGUGGUGGUUAAAGGAGGCAGGAAGGUACCUCAUUUAUUAAAACAUGUGUAUUAUCAGCAACCAGGUGGUGGACUGGUGGUUAAAGGAAGGAAGGUCAUUCAGUUAUUAAAUGUCUUUCAGCAGCAACCAGCAAACCAGGUGGUGGUUAAAGGAGGCAGGAAGGUACCUCAGUUAUUAAAAGAUGUGUAUUAUCAGCAACCAGGUGGUGGACUGGUGGUUAAAGGAAGGAAGGUCAUUCAGUUAUUAAAUGUCUUUCAGCAGCAACCAGCAAACCAGGUGGUGGUUAAAGGAGGCAUGAAGGUACCUCAGUUAUUAAAAGAUGUGUAUUAUCAGCAACCAGGUGGUGGUUAA